CACACCCCUUCUGUCAACCGCCCCUCCUGUUUGUGCUUCAUUCCUUCUUCUUCUUCUUUCGGUCAACAAACGCGUUCCCUUGCCUCCACUCGCCCACUCCCGACGUAGCUGCCCCUCUGCACACCUUGACGCACUCGAACCAGAGCAAACACUGCGUCUCCCCACAGCCAUAUCCCUUCUCCGUCCAUCCUCCUCCAUAAUGUUUGUCGUCAAGAGAGAUGGAAGACGCGAGACCGUCCACUUUGACAAGAUCACAUCUCGAAUCUCGAAACUGUGCUAUGGUCUGAACCCAGACUUUGUGGAUCCUCCCAGAGUCUCGCAAAAGGUCGUCCAGGGCAUGUACCAAGGGAUCACAACAGUCGAACUGGACAACCUCGCUGCCGAGACAGCCGCCUAUCUCACGACCAACCACCCCGACUAUGCUACGCUCGCUGCCCGCAUUGCCAUCUCGAACCUGCACAAGGAGACCAAGAAGGCCUUCUCGGCCGUGAUCGAGGACCUCUAUACCCACGUCCACCAGAAGCUCAAUAAGAACGUCCCCCUGGUCUCUAAGGAGACACACGAUAUCGUAAUGGAGAACGCUGAACGACUCAACUCGGCUAUUAUCUAUGACCGCGACUAUGGCUACAACUUUUUCGGAUUCAAGACCUUGGAAAAGAGUUAUCUCUUGCGUAUUAAUGAUAUUGUGGUCGAGCGCCCUCAACACAUGCUUAUGCGCGUGUCUAUUGGAAUCCAUGGAUCUGACAUUGAUGCCGCUAUCGAGACAUAUAACUUCAUGUCGGAAAAGUACUUUACGCAUGCAACACCGACCCUCUUCAAUGCUGGAACGCCUCGUCCUCAGAUGUCGAGUUGCUUUCUGGUCCAGAUGGCGGACGAUAGCAUUGAGGGUAUCUACGACACCUUGAAGACCUGUUCGUUGAUCUCGAAAGCUGCAGGAGGUGUCGGUGUCAGCUUCCAAAAGAUCCGCGCCUCUGGCUCCUACAUCGCUGGCACGAAUGGAAAUUCGAACGGAAUCAUUCCAAUGCUCCGCGUCUUCAACGACACCGCUCGCUUUGUGAACCAGGGAGGCGGAAAGAGAAACGGAUCGUUUGCCAUGUAUCUGGAACCCUGGCAUGCGGAUGUAUUCGAGUUUUUGGACCUGCGCAAGAACACUGGACAUGAGGAACUUCGAGCGCGCGAUUUGUUUUUGGGUCUCUGGAUCCCUGACUUGUUCAUGGAGCGCGUUCAGGAGGACGGCGAAUGGCAUCUGUUCUGCCCUGGAGAGUGUCCCGGUCUUGAUCGGGUCUGGGGACAGGAUUUCGUGAACCUUUACAACAAGUACGUUGCCGCCAACAAGUUCCGUAAGAUCGUCAAGGCCCAGAAGCUGUGGUUCGCCAUUGUGGAUGCCCAGAUCGAGACUGGCAUGCCCUACAUGCUAUAUAAAGAUGCAUGCAACGCCAAGUCGAACCAGAAGAACUUGGGUACUAUCAGCUGUUCGAACCUAUGCACGGAGAUUGUGGAAUACACUGCUCCCGAUGAGGUCGCUGUCUGCAACUUGGCAUCGAUCGCGCUGCCCAAGUUUGUGGAUGUCAAGAACAAGCGCUUCGACUUUGAUCAGAUGCACAAAAUUGUCAAGAUCGCUACCAGGAACAUGAACAAGGUCAUCGAUCGCAACUACUACCCCGUUCCCGAGGCCGAGAAGAGCAACAAGCGCCACCGUCCUAUCGGUCUUGGUGUGCAAGGGCUUGCCGAUGCGUUUGUGCUGCUCCGAUAUCCCUUUGAUUCGCCCGAGGCUCGUCAGUUGAACAAGGACAUCUUUGAGACUCUCUACCACGCAGCUCUGGAUGCCUCUUGUGAGAUCGCCAAAGUGGAUGGACCUUAUGAGACCUAUGAGGGCUCGCCUGUGAGCGAGGGGAUUCUUCAAUAUGACAUGUGGAACGUCAAACCAAGUGGUCGCUGGAACUGGGACCGUCUCAAGGAGGACAUCAAGAAGUAUGGUGUACGCAACUCGCUCUUGGUUGCGCCCAUGCCCACGGCCUCGACCAGUCAGAUCUUGGGCAACAACGAAUGCUUUGAACCGUACACGUCCAACAUCUACCAACGUCGCGUCCUCAGUGGAGAGUUCCAGGUUGUGAACCACCACUUGCUGAACGACUUGACACAGAUGGGACUCUGGAACGAGUCGAUGAAGAACCAGAUCAUUGCCGCUGGUGGUUCGAUUCAGGGUCUGGCCGAACUCGAUGAUGACUUCAAGAUGCUGUACAGAACCAUCUGGGAGAUUCCUCAGAAGGCGCUUCUUGAGAUGGCAGCAGACCGCGCACCGUUCAUCGAUCAGUCACAGUCGCUCAACGUCUUCAUGUCGGAUCCCAGUGCCAGCAAGAUCACAUCGAUGCAUUUCUUUGCCUGGAAGAAGGGACUCAAGACGGGGAUGUACUACCUUCGAUCGCGACCUGCAGUGGACGCUAUCAAGUUCACAGUGGACCAACAGGCACUUCUCGAGAGUUUGAAGAAGCAGGCCCUCAUGGCCAAGGCGGUCAAACAGCAGACGACCAUCCAGACCUCUGUCAAUGGAUUGACGACACCGGAACUCGUGUCUCCGAAACUGGACGAGGCAGAUCAAAAGGCAUUAGAUGCUAUUAUGUGCUCGCUUGAGAACAAGGAUGCAUGCGUAAUGUGCAGCGGAUAAAAUUCUUUUGACUUGUUUCCUAUCGUCCUCGCUACGUUACUUGAGGUGUAGUGUAGCAGACCUGCUUCAGUCGUGGAGUAAAAACGCUUCACGUCUUUUGUUGUAUUUGUAGUUUUCUCUCUCUUUUUCCUUUCAUCUUCUUCCCACGAUGCGAUCACGGAAUGUGUGGAUCCUUCGGAAUGCAC